AUGGUGAAAUGCUGCUCCGCGAUCGGAUGUGCUUCUCGCUGUUUGCCAAAUUCCAAGUUAAAAGGACUGACUUUUCACGUAUUCCCCACAGAUGAAAAUGUAAAGAGAAAAUGGGUAUUAGCGAUGAAAAGACUUGAUGUGAAUGCUGCAGGCAUUUGGGAGCCUAAAAAAGGAGAUGUGUUGUGUUCAAGGCACUUUAAGAAGACAGAUUUUGACAGAAGUGCUCCAAAUAUUAAACUGAAACCUGGAGUCAUACCUUCUAUCUUUGAUUUCCCAUCUCACUUACAGGGGAAAAAAGAACAGCUUCAUUGUAGAAAAAACUUCACCCUCAAACCCCUUCCAGUCACACACCACAAUCACCAGCUUGUUGGUGCUUCCUCGUGUAUUGAAGAAUUUCAAUCCCAGUUCAUUUUUGAGCACAGCUACAGUGUAAUGGACAGUCCAAAGAAACUUAAGUAUAAAUUAGAUCAUGUGAUCAGCGAGCUAGAGGAUACCAAGAAAAGUCUGCAGAAUGUUUUAGACCGAGAAAAGCGUUUCCAAAGAUCAUUGGGGAAGACAAUCAGGGAAUUAAAGGAUGACUGUCUCAUCAGCCAAGAAACAGCAAAUAGACUGGAAGCUUUUUGUUGGGAAUAUUAUCAGGAGAGCAUAGAAUGA